GGCACGCCGCACAGCCGCCGUCCAGUCUCCGUCUCGUAGCCGCCGGUAUGGACGCGGACGCGGAGGCCCGCCGAGGCCACGAUGACUUCCUGGAGAGGGUCGCCGGCGUGCUCCGCGAGGAGGGCUUCACCGGCACUCCCGCGCCCGAGCUGCCCGUCGUCAGUUUUCAGCACCCGGACAAGCUGCAGGCGCAGCUGCGGCUGGGCCUCGGCGAUGCGGUCGCGGACGAGGACGAGCUGCUGGCGCUGGUGCGGGAGGUGGCGCGGGCCUCGGUGCGCACUGGCCACCGCCACUUCUACAACCAGCUGUACGGCGGCGCCGACCCUUUCGGCGUGGCGGGCGCCUGGGUCACGGAGGCCCUCAACACGAGCCAGUACACCUUCGAGGUGGCGCCCGCCUUCACCCUCGUGGAGCACGAGGUGAUACGGCACUGCCUCGCCAAAGUAGGCUUCCCGAACGGCGACGGAAUCUUCACACCAGGCGGCAGCGUCGCCAACAUGUACGGCAUGGUCGCGGCCCGGUACAAGGCCUUCCCGCGUGUCAAGACGGACGGCGUGCGCGCGCUUCCGCCUCUCGCCGUCUUCACCUCGGACGACAGUCACUACUCGGUGAUGAAGGGCGCCCACUGGCUGGGGCUGGGCACGUCGAGCGUGGUGAAGGUGGCCACGGACCAGCACGGCCGGAUGCUGGCCGGCGAGCUCCGCGACGCGAUCCUGGCCGCGCGGCGCGACGGCCGGCAGCCGUGCAUGGUCAACGCCACGGUCGGCACCACCGUCCUGGGCGCCGUGGACCCGCUCGGGGAGGUCGCCGACGUCUGCCAGGAGCUCGGCGUCUGGAUGCACGUUGACGCCUGCUGGGGCGGCUCCCUCAUCCUCUCCGCGAGGCACGCGCCCCGCCUGGCCGGGCUGGCGCGCGCCGACUCGGUGUCGUGGAACCCGCACAAGAUGCUCGGCGCGCCGCUGCAGUGCUCCGUGUUCCUGGUGCGCCAGCCGGGCCUCCUGCACCGCUGCAACGCCGCCGCCGCCGAGUACCUCUUCCAGCAGGACAAGUUCUACGACGUGUCGUGGGACACGGGCGACAAGUCGGUUCAGUGCGGCCGCAAGGUGGACGCCUUCAAGCUGUGGCUCAUGUGGAAGGCGCGCGGCGACCAGGGCCUCGGCGCGCUCGUCGACAACGCCGUCGCCUGCGCCAGCUACUUCCAGUCCCGGGUCCGCGACACGGAGGGCUUCCGGCUCGUCAGCGAGGCGCUGGACUGCACCAACGUGUGCUUCUGGUACAUCCCCAAGCGCCUCCGCGGUCAGAAGGAGGACGAGCAGUGGUGGGGUCAAGUAGCCGCGGUCGCGCCCACCGUCAAGGAGCGCAUGGCCCUGGCCGGGACCCUGCUCGUCGGCUACUGCCCGCUCCCGCACAAGGGCCACGUCAACUUCUUCCGGAUGCUGACGACGUGCCACCCGCCGCCGCGCACCGAGGACAUGGACCUCGUCAUCGGCGAGGUGCAGCGCCUGGCCGAGCUGUGACGCCGCACCGCCGGCAGAUAGCAGAAACAGUGUGAAACAGAAAACGUGUCUAAAAGACGAGUGGAACUUCACCAUAAACUCAAGCGUACACUUAUAUUUUUUUUCUGAACUGCCCUGGAUUACCUUGAUUUAAACUAAUUUUUCAAUUUAUUUUUUAAAAUAAUUUUUCUGUCAUUUUUCCUUUACUUUUGAGGGUGUACCCUACGCUGAUCUUUUGUUUGAGUGAAGUAGCCCUCGGCAAGAGCCCCGUCAGGACGGGCGCGAUACGUGCUGCGUGUGCAUUCAGCACGUAGUGAUAAGAAUGGAAUCAUGGAAUCUCAUCUCUAUAAUAUUCGCGCCACCGAAAGAACUAAUUUCAUUUUGCGGUGAUGAUACGGUACGUGCUGUGUGUGUGUGGGUUGCGGCACGGAAUGAGGAACCAAUUGUGUUUGAUCAUUUGAUGCAAAUAAAUGCCGCGCGGUUUUGCUCUCCAUGGAGCAUCCGGAGAAAAGGGGGGAGGGAGGGGGAGGGGGGAUAAUGGUUAGCAGCUCCAGUUCGGGAGAGCUGCCAUUGGUCGAGCAGGGCGCGCAACUUUCCCGCCGCCCACCAUGAUCUAUAUUUUAUUUCUCUGGUCGGCUGGACAUUUAAAAUUGGCCACCAUCAUCGUCUCGCACGCACCCACGGGAUCAUCCGUGCCGGAUCAUCCAGAAAGUAAGCGUCCGCCUUUCGCCGUUGGGUAACCUGCCUGCCAAGUUCACAGUCCGUGCAAGCGGUGCAAGCUCUCAUAGCGCCUGGUGGGUGGGCAACAUAUCGCCCACGGUGCAUGCGUGUACAGCGGGGUGGCCUACCCCGAGUCUCGCAGGCGCCGAGCCGCCCUCGCGCGCGUAAGUUUUCCCGAAUGAAUUCUGGGAAAGAAACGACGUUACUUUCAGGGGUGACUUUUAACAGAUGGAUUCAGAUUCCGUUUGUUCUGUUUGAGAAGGCGACAGUGUGUCUCCGUUUCGUGGAGUUUUGCGCGAUGUUGUCAGCUUUAGGAUAGCCGUCAGUGUCGGGCCAAAGGCCAAACUGAUAUUGAUAGUGGUAGUUUAACUUUAAGUUCUCAUUUCCAAUACCCGGACAAUAAAUAUGUACGGCAUAUAGAA